AUGAGUCUGCAUACCUUUCCACUUGUGAAGGGGACGAAAUUAACCAGUUUCUCCUUUCCUUUCCUCAGCUUCUGUCCCUGUAGCACCAGCAAGACAGUGAGGCGAAUCCUGGUCGCCUGCCUGGUCUCCGUGGCCACCCUGAUGGGGAGCAUCUCUCUGGAUUUAAGCAAAACUCUGGAAUCGUGGAGGAACGCCAAGGCGGCCCUCGCCAGCAUCCCCUCCUGCCAGACCAUCUGGGUCCUCCAUCUCGCCAGCCUCUUCCGAGAUGAGAUUCGUAGCCAGGAAGAUGGCGAGGGCAAAGCACUGAACACAUUCUUCCUGGGUCGUGCGUUGGGGAAGUUUGCCGUUUCCUGCGAGGGAUCUGGAGGGAAGGACCAUGGGAUGCAGGUGCCAUGCAAGAAAGACUUUGGGUGCCAAACUUUCGCCAGCCAAAUCAGGGAGAAGCUGAAUGGCACCCAAGCAGCGUCGAUGGUUCUCGCGUGGUCCAGGAUUGUUUCCGAAAUCCUCGAGGUGCUUGGGAGUCCUGAGGAAGACCUUGAAGCGAUAAAGUCGAACCCGGAUUGGGUUGAUGUGGCGUCCCUCAGAGCCAUCCUCAGAACCAAAGGAGGCUUCCUGAAGUCCCAAGAGAUGCCUCCAUCAUCUUCUGUGGACGCCCAAGGCCUGUGGUACCAAAUGUCUGCCGUUCUGACCUAUGCCGUCAUCGCAUCCGAAAGCGUUCAAGGCUGUUGGGCGGAUAACCCAAACCUCUCCAUCUCUUCCACCCAAUAUGGGGGCAUCCCAGUUUUCUCCCCACCACCCUCGCCAUUGCCACCGGACGAGCAUUUGGUGAAGGACUUGGAUUCCUUCCAGGCCUGCUUGUGGGAGAAGAGCCGGCAGAGGCUCGGCAAGAAAUCCAGAGAUGUCCUCUCCCUGGUGAGCCUCAAGAUCUGCCUGCUGGCGGUCGCCAGCCUCAUCUACCCCAUCGUCCUGGUGUCGUUCAAGGAGAUGACAGAUUGGAUCCAGAAUUACGCAAGGAGCCUCAAGGAACGGACGGAGGAUUUGAAGCGUGAGCGGAGCUUGGCUGAGGACCUCCUGCACCAGAUGUUGCCCAAAUCCGUCGCCAAGCAGCUGAGGAAACGCAAGCAUGUGGAGGCAGAAAAUUACGACCAGGUAACCAUCUUCUUCUCGGAUGUCGUGGGCUUCACCAGCAUCGCCGCCUCCUGCACCCCGUUACAGGUGGUUGAGAUGCUCAACAACCUCUAUGUCUGCUUCGAUACCCGGAUCGAAUCCUACGACGUUUACAAGGUGGAGACCAUCGGGGACGCCUACAUGGUCGUGAGCGGCUUGCCAGAGAGAAACGGCACGAAGCAUGCUGAUGAGAUCGCCAAGAUGGCUCUGGACUUGGUGGCCGCCGUCCGGCAAGUUGUGAUACCCCACAUGCCCAGCGGCAAACUGCAGCUACGGGCCGGGAUUCACACAGGUCCGUGUGUGGCUGGCGUCGUCGGACACAAAAUGCCUCGGUAUUGCCUCUUUGGUGACACGGUGAACACAGCCUCUCGUAUGGAGUCCACCAGUUUGCCUCAGAAGAUUCACAUUAGUUCGGCCACAUACCUUGCGCUGCUGAAGGACGAUGCCUAUGACAUCGAGCUGAGAGGGGAGAUUGAAGUGAAGGGAAAAGGGAAAAUGAAGACUUACUGGCUGCUUGGGAAUAAGAAUUACAGCAUCCAGAACGAUAGCCUCGUGUGCCAUUGGAAUCCGGCGUUAUCGCAGAAGAAGAAGAUGGAACUCAGCCUCGCCUCCAUCCAGAAAUCAAGCACAGGUACAGCCGAGACCCUGGCGGACGAGAGAAGCACGACAGCGCCCCAUGAUCAGAGGGGCUCCCUUGGACACCACGGGACGAAGCCGCUUGAUAUGGCCAUCGGUAACGGAAGCCAAGGGCGCACCUGUUCUGCUUUCCAAGACAGCCCGGGGGCAAGUCGCCUCCACCUUUCUGGACCCCCGAAUUCAAGAGAGGAGGAGAGAGGCCCAGAUUUGCUGAACCACCCACGUCACCGCCCAGACUGCGAGAGGAUGCCGCUGCAAAAGACAGAGCUGCUGCCAGGGUUUGUGGGUGCUGUGUGAAGGGGUGGGUGCCCUGGGAAAAUCAGCUUUCCCAUUGCACCCAAUAUGGAGCUUUUGCCUGGUUUUUUAAAAAUAUUUUUUUUAUUUAUUUUUGGGGUUUGGGGAUGAAGUUUGAGUGGAAGGGUGCACUGGGAAAAUAGACUAUCCCAUGGUGCCCGAGAAGGCCCUCUCCCCGGGAUUUUGUGAAAGGGAGGGUGCACUGGGAAAACAGAUUUUCCUAUGGCACCCAAAAUCUGGAGACGCUUUCCUCAAACUGCUAUGCUUUAGUGUCCAGCAUUCAUUUUCGCUUCCGCUUAGCACUAGGCAGAUUCCUAAGUCACUGUCAAUGUGGAUAUUUAUGUAUGGUAUAUAAAGAACGUUAGAAGAUCAGGUCCAUUUAGUCCAGUGCCAUGUAAUGCAGGAAUCUUUCACCCAACAUGGGACUCGAACCCAGGACCCCAAGAUAAAGUCUUGUGCUCUACCGACCAAGCUACCCCAGGCUGUGGUUAGACCCAAACAGUUAGGAUCAAACGGUGCCAUGCGUCUAAUUAACUUGUGUCCCGAGUCAGCUGUCUCUGUCUAAAAAACAAUAAAUUUGUCAGUCUACGGGGUACCACAAGACUCUGCGUUGUCUUUUUUUGCCUGCAAGAGACUUAAAGCAGUUACAGUGAACAAAGGCUGAGCUUAUAUACAAUGACCACUAGGUGGCAGCCAAGGCCUAUCCACAAGGGAUAUUUUAGAUAUAUUAUGACAUUAAAGUG